AUUGGCCGUGCAGUCAGUCACAGCGGAGACACACAGCGAGGGAGUGAACAGCCGGUGUUGCCUGAGGCUCCUGGGAGGGGCUGCAGUAUAUAACCCAUACUCGCUAUUUUGCAUAGUGACUGCACCUCUGUCUACCUCAGUCCUCAGUCCAAACUACAAACCUCUCACCAUGGCUCAACAACAAAUAAGCCUCCCUGCCAAGCUCAUCAAUGGUGGAGUUGCUGGACUGGUGGGUGUCACCUGUGUGUUCCCCAUAGAUCUCGCCAAGACGAGACUCCAGAACCAAAGAGGAAGCCAACGGGUCUACAAAAAUAUGAUGGACUGUCUGAUAAAGACUGUUCGUUCCGAGGGAUACUUUGGAAUGUACAGAGGUGCAGCAGUCAACCUGACACUGGUGACUCCCGAGAAGGCCAUCAAACUGGCCGCCAAUGAUUUCUUCCGUCAGCAGCUCAGUACGGGAAAGCUCAAGCUGAGCGUGUUUCAGGAAAUGUUGGCUGGCUGCGGGGCAGGGAUGUGUCAGGUUAUUGUAACAACCCCAAUGGAAAUGCUUAAGAUCCAGCUUCAGGAUGCGGGGCGACUUGUGGCCCAGCAGAGGAAGUUACCUGUGCUUCACACUGUUAAACUUGGAACAGCCAGUCCAGUCCUGAACUGUUCGUACAGUGUGGGUCCAGUGUCUUCAACCAGGAAAGUGUCAGCCAUUCAGAUUACCCAGGAACUGCUUCGCACAAAGGGCAUCCAGGGACUUUACAAAGGUCUAGGAGCAACCCUCUUGAGGGACAUCCCUUUCUCAGUGGUUUACUUUCCGCUGUUUGCCCACAUCAACAAGCUGGGAAAGACCUCGGAAGACGACCAGGUGCCUUUUUACUGGUCUUUUAUUUCGGGUUGUGUGGCUGGAUGUACAGCAGCUGUGGCAGUCAGUCCUUGUGAUGUCGUCAAAACCCGGCUGCAGUCACUCAAUAAAAGUGCAAAUGAAGACACCUACAAUGGUGUGGCGGACUGCAUCAGAAAGAUAAUGCGCAAAGAAGGGCCAUCUGCUUUUCUGAAAGGUGCCGGCUGCAGGGCGCUGGUCAUUGCUCCACUCUUUGGCAUUGCUCAAGUGGUUUACUUCGUCGGUGUUGGGGAGUUUCUUUUAGGGCAAACUCCAUUCAACCUUUACUCUGUCUAAGCUAUGAAACCACCUGAAUUAAACUUUAAAUACCAACGCAGCUAUGAUGCAACUAAAUAUCUGAGAACGAACCAGCCUGUUCACAUGAUAAUUUGUAAUGAUUUAUAGAAGAUGGCAAAAUUGUUCUGAUCUGGGUCAUACAAAUACAUAGAACAUAAACCAUCACAAUAAUCUGAAAAAUACCUAUAAAUGUUGCAUGUUUCUACAUGAACCAAGUUAUAGGAGAUCAUACGCUUUCAGAAAAAAUGGUACAAAAGUUGACACUGGGUUUACUAAUAGACACUUUUAAGGUAAUACUAUGCACUCUUUAGAGCAGGGGUGUCAAACUCAAUUCCUGGAGAGUUUAGAUUCAACCAUAAUUAAACACACCUGAUCCAACAAACCAAGUCCUUCAGGUUUAUUUGUAAACUACAUGGUAUGUGUGCUCUGCAGGGCCCUCCAGGAACUGAGUUUGACAGCCCUGAUCUAGGGGUAAGUAAGGUACAAAAGUGUAACCCCAGUAACAGAUUAUGGACCUUUUGUUUUCAGAGAGUGUACACUUUUGCCAUCUUGCAGAAACUAUUACAUGUUGCAUAAUUAUUAGAUUGUGCUGAAACAAAUGGUAGUUGGAGAAGGUAGUUGGCUUAGAGUUUUAUUUCACGCCUUUACAUGCUACCUUUAGCAUAUUGAACUGGCUUAUUCAGGAAGCUAAAUCAUUGCACAUGAUUAUGAUUCUUUUGGAAAUGUUUGGUCAGAGACAGUCAGAUUUAUCCUCAGUGAGGGUUGAUUUGAAAGAAAAUCCCUUUUUAUACUUACGUCCUCCAUUAACAGUUGUGUCUUACCUUUCUUGUGACCUUGUGUAUAUGCACAAUAUUACAGUGGCACUGCUGAUUAGUGUGGACAUUAGCUUGGAGAUACACCUGUGAGGACAUUGUUAUACAAUAUACAUGACUUGGAAGAGACCCACACACAUAGACAGGAUGUUUGAUUCCUGCUGAAGUGAGGUUCUACUAUUACAGAAUUAAAGGAAAUUCUGUUCAACCUAA